CGCGGUAUAGAGAGUCUUGUGACACCUCCGCAAGGGUGUUGGCCGCCGGCCGAGCCCAGUCGCCAGCCUUUCCCCUUCGCGCACGCGCGCUGUGGCCCCUUCCUAACUGCGUCACAACCGUCGCCGAUUUUAAAAUUGAUUUUCGAGGCUGGAUCCCUCUCGCCUAUCGAGAGGGGACCCCAACGGUGUGUUUCGCUAGCGGUUUUAAAGCGGUUCUCGAGGAGCCGGCCGUUGGGUUGGUUUGGUCUUGAGACUGGCGUCGAAUUUGCUACGAGAAAGAGAAAAAUCCCCCCCCACUUGGUCCUUGGAAGACAUAAAAAAGCAGCCACCAUAUUUUCGACCGUCCUUGGGAAGCCUUUCAAAUUCUUUGUGACCUGAAGGAAACUGCCACUUAAACAUACCAAAAGACCAAACAAAAAAUAAUUAGCAACAACCUGUCCUCAUCCUUUUUUUAAAUCAAGCAACUUUUUGCAUCUCUUUAUCUUGACAAACCACCAAAAAUCCCCAAAAAGUUGCUGUAUUUUUUUUAAAGCCAUGACCAAAAACAAAUCAAUUAUUUUUUUUCUUUAAAAUACACCACUUUAAUCAAACAAAAAAAUAACAAACCUUGAAGCGCUGUCGACGAGAAAAAUUAUUGGAUAAACUGUCCAUCAUGGGCUCUGGACCAAUUGAUCCUCAUGAGCUCCUAAAAGGAUUAGAUUGCUUCCUGGGGAGAGAUGGAGAAGUCAAAAAUACAGAAGGGGUCACCAAGAUUUUCAACUUAAUGAAAGACGCACAGAAAAUGGUCAGUCGCUGCAUCUACCUGAACAUCCUGUUGCAGACCCGGGCACAAGACAUCCUGGCAAAGUUUAUCCGGGUCGGGGGUUACAAACUUCUCAACACUUGGCUCACCAGCUCCAAGGCAUCCAGCAACGUGCCCCUGCUGCAGCAGAUCCUGCUCACGCUGCAGCACCUGCCCCUCACUGUGGAUCACCUGAAGCAAAACAACACGGCGAAGCUGGUGAAGCAGCUUAGCAAGUCGAGCGAGGAUGAAGAGCUCCGAAGACUGGCCUCCAUCCUCGUCAGCGACUGGAUGGGCGUCAUCCGUUCCCAGAGCAGCGCGCAGCCUGCAGAGCGAGACAAGAAAAAGCGGAAGGAGGAGAGUAAGAGCAAAGCACCUGUCCAGGAGAAGCCUCAGGAGGCCAAGGCAGAAGCCAAGGCUGAGGAGACACCGGAGAAGAAGAGAGAGAAGCCAAAAUCGCUACGCACCACAGCGCCCAGCCAUGCCAAGUUCCGCUCCACUGGGUUGGAAUUGGAGACUCCCUCACUGGUUCCUCUAAAGAAGAACCCCAACGCUGUAGUGGUGUCUGAAAAAUACAACCUGAAGCCGAUGCCGAUAAAGAGACAGAGCACGUCCGCCCCCUCUGGAGACAACCCACCAGUGGAGAAGAAAUACAAGCCUCUGAACACCACCCCCAACAGCACCAAGGAAAUCAAAGUCAAAAUCAUCCCCGCGCAACCAAUGGAGGGCUUGGGCUUCCUGGAUGCCCUUAACUCUGCCCCCAUCCCAGGGAUCAAGAUCAAAAAGAAAAAGAAAGUCUUGUCUCCUACUGCAGCCAAGUCGAGCCCGUUUGAAGGGAAGCCAGCACCAGAAGCAAGCGCUGCUAAACCAUCCUCGCCAGAACCCGCUACUGCAUCCGAGCCGAUGGAGGUGGAUCGGCCCGGCACACCUGUGCCGGCAGUAGAGGUCCCAGAGCUGAUGGAGACAGCCUCAUCCGAGCAGAACUCUGACACCAAACCACCCGAGAGUGCAGCUGACUCCACGCAACUUACCAAGAAGGGCAAGAAGAAGAAGACAGUGAGCUGGCCUGAAGAGAGCAAGCUGCGGGAGUACUUCUACUUUGAGUUGGAUGAGACUGAGCGAGUCAAUGUGAACAAGAUCAAGGACUUUGGCGAGGCAGCCAAGCGGGAGAUGCUGAAGGAUCGGGAGGCCUUUGAGACAGCAAGACGGCUCAGCCACGACGCCAUGGAAGAGAAGGUGCCCUGGGUUUACCCCAAGCUCAUCGACCUGCCUAACCCACUGGUGCAGCCAGGCAACGGCAGCCGCGAGAAGUUCACCCAGGCCGAGAGGGAGAAGGGCAUCCUGCAGGAGAUCUUCCUGUCCAAGGAGAGCGUUCCAGACAGUCCCCACGAACCCGACCCGGAGUCCUAUGAACCCCUGCCACCCAAACUCAUCCCGCUCGACGAGGAAUGCACCAUGGACGAGGCCGCCUACCAGGAAGGACUCGACCCGGCCGCCGCCUCGCAGUCUCCCGACGGAGCCGGGGCCUCCAAGCUGCCCCCAGUGCUGGCCAACCUGAUGGGGAGCAUGGGGGCUGGCAAGAGCCCUCAGGGCCCAAACCCCAGCUCCUCCAUGAACGUGCAGGAGAUCCUCACCUCCAUCAUGGGCGGGCCCAACAACCACAAGACAGAGGAGCUAAUGAAGCAGCCGGAUUACUCGGACAAGAUCAAACACUUGCUUGGCAACCUCCAGACACAGCCCCCAGGGCCCUCAGGAGUGCCCCACGGGCUGCUGGGCCCAGGGCCCCUCUCCAAUGGAUUCCCACCUGGACCAAAGAACAUGCAGCAUUUCCCUCCCGGGGGGCCAGGACCCAUGCCUGGUCCCCACGGUGGCCCUGGGGGUCCCAACAUGCCCCCAGGUCCUGGCAUGCCUGGCGGGCCCAGGAUGAUGGGCCCUCCUCCUCCCCAGCGAGGCGAGUUCUGGGAUCCCCCUGAUGGCGGCAUGCGGGGAAACCCCCACGGGGGUAUGCGAGGGGGUGGCCCCGGCCCGGGGCCUGGCCCAGGCCCUUUCCACCGGGGACGAGGAGGGGAGCCCCCCUUCCGGGGACGAGGAGGAGGUGGGCGCAGCGGCGGCCCCCCCAAUGGCAGAGGCGGGCCCCCUAACAACGGCAUGGGUGGAGGAGGCGGCCACGGCGGCGGCGGCCAUGGUGGAGGCCACGGAGGCCAUGGUGGAGGCCACGGCAGGGGCCACGGCGGCCAUGGUGGGGGCCACGGAGGCGGCGGCCAUGGUGGGGGCCACGGAGGCGGCGGUCAUGGCGGUGGCCACGGAGGAGAUCACGGCAGAGGCCACCCAGGGGAUCACGGCCGGGGUCAUGGUGGAGGCCAUGGAGGAGACAUGUCGAGCCGCCCCGUGUGUCGCCACUUCAUGUUGAAAGGCAGCUGCAGGUACGAGAACAACUGUGCCUUCUACCAUCCCGGAGUGAAUGGGCCGCCCCUGCCGUAGCGCCCGGGGCCCUCCCUCCACCCCGCCGAUGCCCCGUGAAACCGCCCAACACAGCUGCCCCAACUUCAUGGACUCUGGGGUGCCUGCUGUCGGACUUGGGCUCUGAAUCCACCACUUAUGGCUUCUGUGAGGCCUUGUAACGCCCGGGGGGGAGGAGCAACCCCCCCCCCCCCCCAACGGCUGCUGCUACUGAGGAACCACUGCGGGGGGGGGGAAAUCCCCCCACCACUCCGCUCCCUCCUGUGUUGUUUUAACCUGAUGGAGGCGUUGAUGGGACCUGACUCUGCACCCCCCAGUGACUUUUUGCAAGCACAAGAGCCGCUGCCUGCUCUGGGACCUGGGGGCAAGGAGGGGCAAAGUGGGUUGUUACCACUGUUUGUAUCUCUGUGGAACCAGCAAAGGUGUAAAGGGGGCAUUGCCUGGCUGCCCCACCCGCCUCCGGGCUGUGAUCUGUCUGCGGGUUUGCCAACUGCAGACCUACUCUGAAGACAUUUUGCCUGGGGAGCCUUGGCCCUGAGGAGCAGCUGGCCACACCACCCAGCUCCCCCAGAAAUACUGCCUUCCCUGGGCACGAGGCCAGGAGACUUCUCCCUCCAUCUGGCAGCAGCAGGAUACCAAUCCUGUUGAGGAGGAGGAUCCCUUAAUCACUGUCCCCCAUUCACUGAGCAAAGGGGGUGCUUGUUAACUCCACCCCCUCCAUGGGGUCACCCCCCCAUGUGUGUGAACAAGUGAGAUCAGAGCUCCUCCCUUUGCUGUAAAUACCCUUCCCCAUCCUGCUGACUACUGCAGACACAUGACUCCCCUUGGUGCUAGCGAGUCGUUGGAAGUGGGGGGGCGUGAAGCUGUUUUCUGUGAAAACGGACUGACUUUAUUGCUGUUGGCAUCUGGGGGCUUGGUUUGUUUCCUUUCCAUUGUUUUAUUUUUUUACGAUCUCUCCCUGAGACAUGGACUGUCCUUCUCCCCCCCCCCCCCCCACCCCACUCCCACUGGUGCAGCCUCCCCCUUUUGUUUUGUAUAUUUUGUACAUUAGUAAUAAACAUGGUGAUUAAAAAAAUGGAUCAUCUAAUUUAA